CACCAGAGGAGCAGGAUAGGGGAGGGGGAGUAGAAGACUAUUUCUCUGAGCGUACUGUAACUCUGUCUGUCUUUUCUUUGAGCCUGGCCAGGAUGAGAACAGCGCUGCUCAUUGUUUGUGUUCUUCCUGUGCUCAUUGUGGCAGCGCAGGCAACACCAGCAGGGAGAAGUGACCUUGUAGUCUCUCUGAAAAGUGGCCAAAUCAGAGGAGAAUAUGUCAGCGUGAAAGGCACAGAGAGGCGGGCAAAGUGCUACCUGGGAAUCCCCUUUGCUCGGCCGCCCGUGGGACCCCUCCGCUUUUCCCCCCCGCAGAGCAAGGAGCCCUGGGAAGGCGUGAGAGACGGCACACAUCAGCCGCCCAUGUGUGUCCAGGAUCCAGAACUGAUCGUAAAUGUUUCAAGAACCAUGUCACUUGAAUUUAGGCCGCCCGAGCUCUCAGAGGACUGUCUGUAUCUAAAUGUCUACACUCCAGCUGAAGCAACUAGAGGGGCCAAACUGCCAGUGAUGGUGUGGAUCCACGGAGGAGGACUGUCUAUGGGUGCAGCUUCACAGUAUGACGGGGCUCCAUUAGCUGUUUAUGACAACAUACUGAUGGUUAUUAUUCAGUAUCGCCUUGGCAUUCUGGGCUUCCUGAGCACUGGAGAUGAACACUCUCGGGGAAACUGGGGUUUGUUGGAUCAGCUGGCAGCCCUGAGAUGGGUGCAGGAAAAUAUUGAGGCCUUUGGUGGCGAUCCUCAGACAGUCACAGUGGCUGGAGAGUCUGCAGGAGGAAUCAGUGCAUCCAUACUGACCCUGUCUCCACAAGCAAAGGGAUUGUUUCAGAGGGCCAUCUUUCAAAGUGGAGUAGCAACACUUGGAACCUACACUACAAAUCAUCCUUUGUCUCAAGCCCAGGUCGUUGCCAACCUUGCUGGAUGCAACCGCAGCAGCACCGAAGAACUGAUCGGCUGCAUGAGGGGAAAAAGUCAAGAUGAAUUAGUAACUGUAACUAAGCAGAUGAAGCUGUUCCUGGGAGCCGUGGUGGAUGGCGAGUUUCUGACUGACUUAGCAGAGGCGCUUCUUCAGAAACAGGAAGUCUUGAAGGUCCCAGUGCUGAUGGGAAUCACCAAUCAUGAGUUUGGCUGGAUCUUACCUCAGAGCUUCGCCCCUCCUGGCUGGGAGAACGGCAUGAACAGAGAGUUGGUGAUGGCAGUGGUGAACAUGUUCAAUCCUGCAGGGGCCUCCUUCGCUAACAACCUCAUUGUAGAUGAAUACCUGCAAGAUGCUAAAACUCCACAGGAGAUCAGAGACGGAUUCACUGAAAUCAUUGGAGACCUGCUGAUGACGCUGCCUGUUGUCCGAGUGGCCGGAUACCACGCAGAUGUGGGUGUUCCAGUUUACAUGUAUGAGUUUGUGUAUGAGGCUGCGAUCCACAAACAAAACAGACCCAGCUUUGUGAAAGCAGAUCACGCAGACGAUGUCGGCUUGAUGUUUGGUGGAUGUUUCUGGAAUGAACAUAUACAAAUCUUAGGCAACAUCACCAAAGAGGAUGAGAGAUUUUGCAGGACAAUGAUGUCAUACUGGGCUAAUUUUGUCCGAACUGGCUCUCCCAACGGUCCCGGUCUGGUCAGCUGGCCUCCGUAUGACAGGCAGAAGCAGCAGUACAUGGAGCUGGGCCUGACUCAGACUGUGAAGGAGAAACUGAAGAACAACAGGGUCCACUUUGCUACUGUCACCCUCCCGCAGAAGCUCCAAGAGUUCGAAGCAGCAGCCAAGCUGAUGCCUGGAAACUGAGGAGUAUUGUUUGUCCACAUUUUAGAGUUACAGACAUGCAGUGUUACUUACUGCAGGGACUCCUUUAUCUCUGUUUCAGAAUAGAUUCACUUGGUUUCUUUAAUUCCAUGUGGUUUGUUACAUAACUGUAAUAAAAAAAAAUCCCU